CCGCGUAAGGAAUGAAGCCAAAGGCAAAGCGCAUUUCUGGAAAGAAGACAGGUUCACGUCUGCCUUUCUAUAAGCACAAGUCUCUCCCCUCCUCCCCCCCACGGCGCCCCAAACCCGAGGCUAAGUUGAACCGGUCCGGGCACAAGCGUGAGGUGAGCACCUUCAAAGGAAACGGGAAACCGGCGCCUUCGCUGAGGCGGGCCCCGACGGCGACGCUGCUCGACGGGCCCAAACCGGAGGCAAAGGGGCUUGACUUGAAAAAGCCACGUCUCUUGCCUCCUUGGCUCCGGGCCUUCCCUCCGCCCCAGCCAGCCUUCCCGCCUCGGCCUGGCCCCUCCCUGUGGCCGCUUCUUCCCCUCCCACCCCCUCAGCGCCGAAGGCCUCGAGAGCAACGCGCGGCGGCGGCGGCGGCACCAACUCCGGAGCGCGCAGGUCCUCUCAGCAGUAUUUUGGUCAAUCGUUUUGGUAGCCGGCCAGUGGUCAUCUUUGGAGGUCUACUAUGUGGCCUGGGGAUGGUUUCAGCUGCUUUCUGCACAAGCAUUUUCCAGCUAUACCUUUGCGCUGGAUUCAUUACAGGACUUGGCCUGGCGCUCAACCUCCAGCCUUCAGUGAUCAUCAUUGGAAAGUAUUUCCUGAAAAGGCGUCCGCUGGCUAAUGGCCUUGCGAUGGCAGGAAGCCCUGUUAUGCUUUGUACGCUUGCGCCCUUGAACCAACUGCUUUUUGACAACUUUGGAUGGAGAGGGAGCUUUUUCAUUCUUGGGGCAAUUCUACUGAACUGCUGUGUGGCAGGAGCACUCUUUAGACCUAUUGGGCCCCCAUCUGCUCCCACUGACAAGAAAACAAAUGCCCAAGCUGUAGAGACUCUUAAAAACAAAGAUAUAAACAUGGUUGAAAUGGCUGAUCUUGGCGAUGGAGAGAAGGAAGACAAAGACUGCUGUGAAAAUUUUAACAAGUUCCUGGAUUUAUCUCUUUUCAAGCACAGGGGCUUCCUGAUCUACCUGAUAGGGAACGUGCUCAUGUUCCUAGGCUUUUUUGCUCCUAUUGUCUUUCUGGCUCCUUACGCAAAGCACCUUGGAAUCGAUGAAUAUUCUGCAGCCUUCCUCCUUUCAAUUCUUGCCAUUGUUGAUAUGUUUGCUAGACCAGCUACGGGGCUCCUUGCAAACAGCAAAUGGAUCCGGCCCAAGAUUCAGUAUUUUUUCAGUUUCUCCAUAGUUUUUAAUGGCACCUGUCAUCUCUUGUGCCCCUUAGCAACAGGCUAUGCGGGGUUAGUGGUGUAUUCUGCUUUUUAUGGACUGGCCUUCGGUAUGGUUUGUGCCAUGCUAUUUGAAACUCUCAUGGAUCUUGUCGGUGCCAGCCGCUUCACAAGUGCUGUAGGCCUGGUUACCAUUGUUGAAUGCUGUACCAUAUUACUUGGACCACCCAUUGGGGGAACUCUUAUUGAUGUAUUUGGAGACUACAAAUAUAUGUUCAUUAAAUGUGGCUCCGUAAUGGUCUUGGCUGGGACAUUCCUCUUUAUUAUGAAUUACUACAAUUACCGGAUGCUUGCGAAAGAAGAGAAGGCAAGGGGAAAACAUGAAAAAGUAGAAGAGAGGGACGACGGACCCAUAAGGACACACACAAAUCCUAAGAAAGGAGAAACCACAAAACUGGAUGAGAAGCAAGAUGGUCAUGAAACAUUCCCUCUAAAAAGUGAAGAGGAAGGACUGAAGAAUGGAGCAAACAUCACAAGUGAAGCCUAAAUCUAUGUUGCAAGAUCUUCUGAAUGGGGAAAUGUUCUUCUUCUUUUUUUUUUAGGUGAUUAAAACUAUAUGGAAUGAA